AUGUCGUCGAACGCGAAGAAGGGGCGGCGGAGCGGCGCGACUUUCGACGAUUACACCUUCCUCAAUCGAUGGGGCCUCACCUUCCUCGGCAUCUGGCGCUUGAACGACGGGCGGCGCCCGCGGACUGCGCUGCGUCAGCUGCACGUGGCCGCCCUGUUCGCGGCGAUGACGCUGCUCCUGAUACCCCAGUGGCUCGAUCUCUACGUGCUGCGCGGCAACAUCGACGCCAACGCCGAGACCUUCGUGCUCAACGUCUUCACCUUGACGGCAGUGCUCAAGCUCUACUGCUUCCACAGGGCCGGCGACACUUUUGAGAAGGUACUGCUCGACAUGGAAUCGAACUGGCGCCAGGUGAUGAGGCACCACGACGAGUCGACGAAGAAGACGAGCCGCCGUCUCGAGGGCCACGCGCGCAUCCUCCUCGCCACGGCCGGCAAGGGCUUCGACUACACGCGCCGCUACGGACUGCUCAUGUACUCGACGGCCUGCAUGUACUUCGUCUCGCCCUUCCUGGGCAUGCAGAAGGACGGCCUGCGCGCCCGCAUGUAUCCCUUCUUCGGCUGGUACUACUUCGACCGCGACUCGGACCUCUACUACGGCCUGUUCUACCUGUCGCAGGUCGUGAUCGGCAUCGUCGUCGGCACCUGCAACUACUCCAUGGACAGCAUAUUCUUCGUGGCGAUCUAUCACUCCUGCGCCCAGUUUCGCAUUAUCCAGUACGACGUCGAGCGCAUCGGGGCCGAUGAGAUGGAACUGGAUCAUGAUCGUGCCACCACGAAGCGGAAGCUGCUACGGCUCAUCGUCAAGCAUCAGAAGGAAAUUCGGAGCGCCGAACGCCUCGAGACGAUGUUCAACGCGGCGAGCAUGCAGCAGUUGCUCGUCAGCUGCAUCAUCAUCUGCGUCAUCGGCUUCAAGCUCAUAAUAGCGCUCAACGACGGUGGCUUCGAAGUUCUCGUCUACGUAGCCUUCAUGGUAAUCGCUCUCAUGCAGAUUUUCCUCUACUGUCGACCCGGCGACGAGCUCAUUACUCAGAGUCUGGCAGUGGGCUACGCGGCAUGGCAGUCCCAGUGGACGAAUCUUGGCACCGAGUCCAUCAGCAAACUCGCCACCAUAAUCCAACGGUCCCAGCGUCCCAUGCGCAUCGCGGCUGGGAACGUCUACGUUCUGUCAUUGCCGAAUUUCACGAUGAUCAUCAAGACUUCGAUGUCCUUUCUGUCACUUUUACGAGCCAUUUAUAUAAAGAGCGAUUAAAGCACGAGAUUGACCGCAG